GAAAUCCUGAUUUUCUGAAUUUCUGUUUCUGAUAAGAGCUGAAACGCCAAAAGUCUUAAUGUUUUAUAUUUUUGUCAUCUCUUUUUCAAUUAGAACGCAGCUACCCGAGCCUGAGCUUUUUCAGUAAAUUCAACGAGCAGUUAGUCCUCAGCUAGUUUAGUGUAGAUUAGAUACCAGACGUUCUGUCAUGUGUUGAAGUUGAAUGUGUGAAAGCUUGCAGUUUCAGUACUUUCAGUCGCCGUUGGAAGAACGUUGCUUUUCUUACUCAUAUAGGGAGCUUUUCUUUUCUAUCUUUGCUUCCAUCCUGAAACUUCUCUCCUCCCAGUAAAAAAUUUCGUAUGUCCCACUACUACAAUUCCUGAUGAUCAUGCUAUCAGCCAUAACGAAAUCGGUGUAGCAAUGGCUUUGUUUUAAGUUCUCUCAUUCACUUCAACAUCAGGUAAAAAGUACAUUUUAUCAUGGCAGAGGCAGUCAGUACGGCUUGCAUUGAUGAGCUGGAGCCCUCUCUAAGAAAUGUUGUUGAACAGACAUCGCUGAAGUGGAUUUUCGUUGGUGGAAAAGGUGGCGUUGGCAAAACUACGUGCAGCUGUAGCUUGGCGGUGCAGCUUGCAAAAGUGCGAGAUAGUGUGCUCAUAAUAUCGACAGACCCAGCUCACAAUAUCUCAGAUGCUUUUGAUCAGAAAUUUUCCAAAGUGCCCACAAAAAUCAAAGGAUUCAAUAAUCUGCAUGCAAUGGAAAUUGAUCCCAAUAUCAAUUUUAAUGAGCUACCAGAUGAGUAUUUAGAUGGAGAAGAUGAUGCCAUGAAACUAAGUAAAAGUGUCUUCCAAGAAAUCAUUGGUGCAUUUCCAGGAAUCGAUGAAGCCAUUAGUUAUGCUGAAGUUAUGAAGCUAGUGAAAGGCAUGAAUUUCUCCGUGGUUGUUUUUGACACAGCUCCAACUGGCCACACACUCCGUCUCCUCUCAUUUCCGCAAGUCAUAGAAAAAGGUCUAGGUAAAAUUCUCCGUUUCAAAAAUAAAAUUGGGCCUUUCUUCAAUCAGAUUGGUGCACUAUUCGGCAGUUUCGAUUUAACAGCCGAGUCGUUUUCCGCAAGGAUGGAAGAUAUGCUCAGUGUUAUUCAACAAGUGAAUGAACAGUUCAGGAAUCCAGAUCAAACAACGUUUGUAUGUGUUUGCAUCGCCGAAUUCUUGUCACUGUAUGAAACGGAAAGGUUAGUGCAAGAACUCACAAAGUGCGGUAUAGACACGCAUAACAUCAUCGUUAACCUACUAUUGUUUUCUGGAACAGGAGAUCAACCUUGCAGAAUGUGCAGUGCACGAUAUAAAAUCCAGGAAAAAUAUUUAGAUCAGAUAUCAGAUCUGUACGAAGAUUUCCACGUGACAAAAUUGCCUCUACUAGACCAUGAAGUUCGUGGACCGGAUAUGGUCAAAGAAUUCUCGGAGCAUUUGAUGAAGCCUUACAAACCAAAAUGAACCCACCUGCUCAACCAAAACUUGUGGCCAACGUCUCCCAAUCCUUAGCUUAAUUUUAAGUCCACGAAGAGACUCAGUAUCCCGUUUAGAUAUAGUCGUACUGUUUUGAAAGUUUUCGCUUUUUUUACACAAUUUAAACAAUAAUCUAAUUUGAGUUUUUUUUAAUGCAAAAGGAAGAUCUGAGACUCUUGCGCCCUUUUUUUUUUUAUGUUCAUUUAUCUUAUCACCAAAGCAAUCAUCUUUUUUGGCCUCCCCACAUUUUUACCCCACAAAUCAGCUUCACUAAGGUAGUAUAUUUAUUUGGGAAAAGCACAGCCAAGUAGGAUGUAGUAGGAUGGAGUUAAUGGUAAAUCAUAUAAAUUAACUGAAUUUAAAAAUUAACCUAAUUUCAAAUAACUGAUUCGUCUAAUUGUUUUCAUUCUGUUAACUUACCUACUCACAGAAGGAAGCGCACUUGCAAUGAGGGCCGGCAGGUAUCCAUAAAAAGAUUGAUUGAUUUUGUGAAAAUUUUUCUCCCUGUUUUCAUGAUCAAGUCAUCAGUAUUUUUUUUUUCUUUGUGUUUUUCCAUUAUUUUUUGGUGCAAUAUGAUGGUAUUCUGAAUACUAAAUACUUUUUUCUCUUAUAUUUUAAAAAUAUUGAGAAGUAAGGGAAACUAGUCAAAUAGGGCAUAGACUGAAAUUUUCAACAGAGGUGAAACUUGUACAGAUUUGUGUAGCCCUCUCAAGUAUGUCUUUGCUCUUGGGUACCACAUUGAGGAUGAUAUUAUUUGAAUGUGGGAAAUUAGGAUAAAUUGAUAUAUGAAGCCUUAUUAAACACAAUGGUUUUAGGAAUUUAAUUAGUGCCACUCAUAAAGAAUCGUUUCACAAUUUAACCUUAUUGCAUCAUAAAGUCUCUGUUUGUUUGCGUAUUGUAUUUUUUUUAUUCAUUUUGAACUUAUUUGCUUGUCUUCUUCUGGCUUCUGGCCUUGUCGGGUGUAUUUGAUGCUUGAAAAUUACCACUAAUAUAUAACUUGAGUCGGAAAAAUUUGAUACUUUAACCCCUCUCAUUCCUCCCCAAAACUUUUGGGGAGUUAGAAACUUCGGUAAAUGAUGGGGCAAAAGCUACCAAUUGAAUGUGCAAGUCUCAGAAACCCCCGUCAAAACCAGAUUUUGAUAUCUUCCUUUUAUGCAGAGAAAAUGAUGCAAUUAGAGUUUUCCACCUUUUAUUCCUAAAUUUAAUUAUUACCCUGUAAAAAUUGGCUGUAGGAGCUGCGUUGUAAAACACCAUAGGAAUCCUUACAGCUGGCUGUAGAAGGAGAUAGAAAGCAAU